AUGCCUCUUGAAACCCUACCCAACCUUUUCUCUCCCUUUUUACAAACCCCACCCAACCUACUACUCUCAUUUCCUGAGCAGCGGCAGUGGGGAAGCAGCUGCGAUGUCCUCCGCAGAUCUGGCGGUACCGACACCUUCGCCGUAGGCGUCGACGGCUGCGACGGCGUCUUCAACACGUGCGCCGACUCCAGAACCGUGCGUUGCGUGCUCUACAUCUCCACCCUCGGCCCAGAGACCUUCAACGUGGAAUUCUUCGGUUCCUCCGGCACGCCCGCCGCCGUGGACGAGAGCUCGUGGACCGACGUGGAGUUCCUGUGGUCACUGCGGAUGUUUGUCGAGGCUUACGUGGCGACGAAGAUGGCGACCAAGAAAUUGAUUCUGGAAUUUGGGGAGAAAAAUGGGUUGGAUGUGGUGGCGGGGCAGCCAUCGUGUGUUGUCGGGCCCUUCAUCUGCCCACGCUGGCCUGAUUUGAUUCGAAGAUUCUCCAACGUGGGGCCUACAAGGUUGUCCGAGGAGUCGGUCUUGCUGAGAUUGUCCCAGGAGAUUAAGGAUGCGCUGGCUACACUUCAACAGACGUUCACUGUCUCCAAUGAGAGCAGCGGCUUCUUCACGAUGACGGGUUACUCAUCAAAGGAGGUUAUGAGGAAGAAAUGGGGUCGGAUACGGAUUAGAAGGAGGUGGAUAAAAUAUGAAGGCCAUAAGGAUUGGGAUGAGUUUUUGUGUGAGGCUACUGAACUACAAGAAGCACGCCACGCCUUUCUCGAAUCUGCUCAAUAUCACGCCCAUCAAGGACUAUAA